CAAACUGACUUCAUCAAUCAUCAGCUACCAAUUACCAUACCUGGCCUCAACAAGUUUGGCCUAAGCUUCAAUCUGUCGUUCCAAUUUAGGUUUCCUAGUUUCCCUUUGGAGUGAUUUUAAUUUACGUCAAUAUAACAUUAUUUUGGACCUCCAGAGAAAAUGGUGAAGUCUAGUUCGUACUGUGACAAGGUGGAGUUGAAGAAAGGACAAUGGACUCUUGAAGAAGACCAGAAGCUCUCGUCUUAUAUUGAAGGACACGGAAUUGGAAGCUGGAAAACCCUGCCGACCAGAGCUGGACUUCAAAGAUGUGGAAAGAGCUGCAGACUUAGGUGGAUUAACUACCUCAGACCAGAUAUUAAGAGAGGAAAGUUCAGUUUGCAUGAAGAGCAGACCAUAAUUCAACUUCAUGCCCUUCUUGGAAACAGGUGGUCGGCCAUAGCAACUUACUUGCCCAAAAGAACGGAUAAUGAGAUCAAGAACCAUUGGAACUCACAUCUAAAGAAAAGGUUACACCAAAUGGGCAUUGACCCAAUGACCCACAAACCAAAAGCCGAUGCCUUUGGCAAUGGCGCUACCUACUCUAAGGACAGUGCAAAUUUAAGACACAUUGCUCAAUGGGAGAGCGCCCGUCUCCAAGCCGAAGCAAGAUUGGUCCGCGAGUCACAGCAGCUCAUCAUGCCAUCUAACUCGCCUAAUGCUAGACCAAAAUGCCUCGACGUCCUCAAAGCUUGGCAACAAAUAGUUUCCGGCAUGUUCUCCAUUGCCGACAAUGACUGCCUCACUAAGACAACGCCGUCCACAUCCAAGUUCUCCGAAUUUCAUGAGAAUUCAACCAAUAAAGUACUUGAUGGUGAUUGCAGAGGAGAAAUGGCACAAGAAUUUAUAAACGGCGGGAAUAAUGAAUGGCUAGAAGGGGAAGAAAGAAUGGAUAGUUCUAAGGCAUUACAUGAAACGAGUACGCACUGCUUCAGUGAUAAUGAGUGGUUUAUGGACAGUUUUAGGACAGCAGAAAAUAUUAUGGAGGGAUUGGCUUGUGAUCAGAACUCAAUACUCAUGGCGGGAGAGAAUAGUCAUACUAAUGAAAGCUCAUCAUGUGGUUGGAUUAUUGAGGAGAGCAGGAACUGCUGGAAUAGCUUGCUGAAUUUGGUUGAUGCUUCCACUUCUGGUUCUCUGCUGUAUUGAAUUAAUGUGACUAUUGUUUCUUUAAUUUGUGGGUUAAAAAUGGAUGCAUAAAUUAA